UCGUGACUAUCUUGCCAAAGGGAGACGGAAGGAGGAAGAGAGACACGGUGUGAUAAAGAAGGGUGGAAGAGGAAGGGGGAGAGAAUUAGUUUUUUCUUUUCUUUUUUUAUCUCUCGUUGACUGGUCCUCACUCUUGUUAUUCCACGUCUAGUGUUUGGUAAGUGAAUAUAAGAUAAAAGGGAAGAAGAGAUAAUCAACGGAAGAUUGGCAAGAUUAAUUCCUCUCUCCUGGAGACGAAAGAGAGAGAGAAAGAAGGAAGGAAGGAAGAGAAAGGGAGAAGGAAGAGCAGAUAUUCCGUGCUUCCUUGAAGAAAGCUGAGGCCAGGUCGGAGGGAAAUGUGUAAUUCAGAAUUUUAGAAUAUAGUUCAAGGACAAGACAAUGCGAUUCUCGGCAGUCAUAGCACUCCUCGUCCCUCUAUUAUGCUCCGACAUCUGCGUCUCGAUCGAGGAGAUGGACGACGAGACCCAGCUGAUCAUGGGCAACGGGAUCCCGGCCAUGGGCUACUCUGAGGGCUUGACCUAUGACCCCGAACAGCCCUAUUUCGACACGGAACACUCGAAGAACAUCACGGCGCUGCUGGGCAAGACGGCGGUGCUCAACUGCCGGGUCAAGAACAUCGGCAACAAGACGGUCUCCUGGAUACGCCACAGGGACAUCCACCUCCUGACGGUCGGUCGAUUCACCUACACGUCAGACGACAGGUUCUCCGCCCUUCACUCCGUCGGCUCCGAGGACUGGCUCCUGAAGAUACACUACCUGCAGGAGAGAGACGCUGGGAAAUAUGAGUGCCAGAUCUCCACCACGCCGCCGAUGAGCCACCAAAUACACCUGGCUGUUGUUGAACCCGAGACCGUGAUCGUGGGCGGCCCAGACGUCUACAUCGACACCGGCAGCCGACUUGCUCUCACCUGCAGCGUCAAGUACAGCCCAGAGCCGCCCGCGUUCAUCUUCUGGUACCAUGAUGACAAGCUGGUGAGCUACGACAGGACCCGCGGGGGCGUGGUGGUGUCAACCGAGAAGGGGCUGGUGACGACCUCCCGCCUCCUGGUGCAGUUCGCCGAGCCCAGGCACUCCGGCGUGUACACGUGCGCACCCGCCAACUCCAAGCCCAAGAGUGUCAACGUGCAUGUCCUGGCUGGAGACAAGCCAGCGGCGAUCGUACACGAAAAUAACAGCGCUGAGGUCUUGGUGUCGACACAGCGCCUCCACAGCUACGUCUUCAUCGCUGGAGCUGCACUUCUGCAUGUCCUCGUGUUGUAAUGUCUCUGUCUGUGGCUAUGGGUCUUUCUUUUUUAUCUCGUUUUUGUUUAUUCUUUCCUUUCUCAUCUCAUCUCUUUGUUUUUUUUCUUUUUCUUUUGGUCUCCUUUUUUUGUGAACUCUUUAGUUUUGUUUUCAUUAUUGAGAAGUUUUUGCCCUGCCGGUAUUACCACGGGUGCUGAUGUAAGGGUGCCUCUGUAUAGGCGAAGCGAGGGCCUGGAAGGGUGAUGGCACUGUGAUGGGCGCUCUGAGGCUCUCUCGAGGUGCCUCCAAUGGACUUGUCAACUGACCUUUAUCCUGAUAUUGUAUUAUCCUCAUCACACAUUAUCAUAUGAAUACACGAAAUCAGUGACGUGUGAAUGCGCACGGCCAUAUGGAA